AUGAGAGAAAAAAAAGUUGCAGUUAUCACAGGGACGAACUCCAACUUGGGCUUCAAUAUUGCAUACAGACUUCUUUCCACGAUCUCCGCCGACACAAAUUUGACUAUUGUCGUCACAUCAAGAACGCUUCCGAGAGUGAAAGAAGCCAUCACCAAAAUCAAAGACUAUGCACUUGAAAAACUUCCUGGACGAACAGGACAGCUCGAAUUCGACUACCUCCUCGUCGAUUUCACUGAUAUGGUUUCUGUUCUUAGCGGAUACUACGAAUUGAACAAGAAGUAUACCCAUAUUGAUUAUGUUUUCAUUAAUGCUGCCCAAGGAGUAUACAGCGGAAUCGAUUGGAUUCUGGCCACAAAAUGCGUCUUCACAAACUUGCUUGAUGCUGUUACGUUCCCCACGUACAAGCUUCAAAGGGUUGGCGUCAGGUCGAGCGACGGAAUGGGGCUUGUUUUCCAAGGAAAUGUUUUUGGACCAUACUACUUCAUUCAUAAAAUCAAGCACUUGCUCAAAGGCGGAGGAAGGAUUAUCUGGAUUUCGUCGGUUAUGGCCGAACCCAAGUUUUUGUCCUUCGAUGACUUGCAGUUGCUCAAAUCUCCUGAACCAUAUGAAGGCUCCAAAAGAUUGAUGGAUUUGGUUCACAGUGGCAAUAUCAAAAAGUGGAAGGAGGACGAUAUCUAUUCGUAUCUUGUCCAUCCUGGCAUCUUUACCAGUUUCUCGUUUUUCCAGUACUUGAAUUUCGUGACCUAUUACGGAAUGAUGCUAUUAUUCUAUAUCGCGAGAUUUAUGGGCUCUACCAUCCACAACAUAUCCGGUUAUACUGCGGCAAAUGCACCCGUGAGUGCUGCAUUGGCUGAUUAUGACCAAAACAAGAAAAUAGCUGCGUGCUGUAACAAGUGGGGAGAAGAGUUUUUGGAGGAGAAAGAAAUAGACACUACCGGUGCCGAAGAUGUCGCAGCCUAUAUGACAAGGCUUGCUGUCGAGUGGGAUGAAAAGCUAAAGGACCAGAUAGUUGAAACUCGGAUUCCAUAA